CCGCCGCGGGCCGGGCCCAUCCCGCCGCAGCGGCCCUAGGGCCAAACAGGGGCGAGGUGGGGAGGGAGCAGCGCCCAGCAGGUCCCGGAACGUGGCCAGAAUGGUGCUGGAAGGAAACCCUGAAGUGGGGGCCCCUCGAACCUCAGACCUCCAGCACCCUGGGAACAAGGGGUCUUGUGUUCUCUCCUCUCCUGGUGAAGAUGCACAGCCAGGCGAGGAGCCCAUCAAGUAUGGCGAGCUCAUCGUUCUGGGAUGCUGUGAGGAAGGAGGUGAGGAAACCGAGGCUCAGAGAGGGGAAGUGACUGGCCCAAGGGCACACAGCUGCUAUAAUGGCUGUUUGGCAAGUGGGGACAAGGGCCGCCGGCGAAGCCGCCUUGCACUGAGCCGCCGGCCACAUGCCAAUGGUGUGAAGCCAGACGUCAUGCACCACAUCUCCACGCCACUCAUCUCCAAGGCACUGAGUAACCGAGGCCAACACAGCAUCUCAUACACACUGUCCCGGAGCCACUCGGUCAUCGUGGAGUACACACAUGACAGUGACACAGACAUGUUCCAGAUCGGCCGCUCUACGGAGAACAUGAUCGACUUUGUGGUAACAGACACGUCCCCAGGAGGAGGAGCUGCUGAUGGUCCUUCUGCCCAGAGCACCAUCUCCCGCUAUGCCUGCCGCAUCCUCUGUGACCGCCGGCCGCCCUAUACAGCCCGCAUCUAUGCUGCUGGCUUUGAUGCCUCCAGCAACAUCUUCCUUGGAGAACGGGCAGCCAAAUGGCGGACCCCUGAUGGCCUGAUGGAUGGCCUGACUACCAAUGGAGUCCUAGUGAUGCACCCAGCGGGUGGCUUCUCCGAGGACUCAGCUCCGGGUGUCUGGCGAGAGAUCUCGGUCUGCGGGAAUGUAUAUACGCUACGGGACAGCCGCUCUGCCCAGCAGCGGGGGAAGCUGGUAGAAAACGAAUCCAACGUGCUGCAGGACGGCUCCCUCAUUGACCUGUGCGGGGCCACACUGCUGUGGCGCACUCCAGCAGGGCUGCUUCGGGCACCCACACUGAAGCAGCUGGAGGCCCAGCGCCAAGAGGCAAAUGCAGCGCGGCCCCAGUGCCCUGUGGGGCUGAGCACCCUGGCCUUCCCCAGUCCAGCCCGUGGCCGCACCGCGCCUGACAAGCAGCAGCCCUGGGUCUAUGUCCGUUGUGGCCAUGUCCAUGGCUACCAUGGUUGGGGCUGCCGGAGGGAGCGGGGGCCCCAGGAGCGUGAAUGUCCUCUCUGCCGCCUUGUGGGGCCCUAUGUGCCCCUGUGGCUUGGCCAGGAGGCUGGCCUCUGCCUGGACCCUGGGCCCCCCAGCCAUGCCUUUGCGCCCUGUGGCCAUGUCUGCUCUGAGAAGACUGCCCGCUACUGGGCCCAGACACCGCUGCCCCAUGGCACCCAUGCUUUUCAUGCCGCCUGCCCCUUUUGUGGGGCCUGGCUCACUGGUGAGCAUGGUUGCGUCCGCCUCAUUUUCCAGGGGCCACUAGACUAGGUUCCCUGGGGCCCCCAGCUGCUGCAUCCACCUGCCCACCCAGGCCCCCCACUUCCUGCAGCCCAGAGGGAGCUCUGCAUGUGGGAUACUACCUGCUGGCACAUGACCAUGCCAGAUAGACAUGUUGGAUGGGCUGUGCCCCUCCCCCCUAAGUCUGGAGGUCCCCAGGAUCUCUAUACCGCCAUCAUACUGAUGGGGCCUUCAGCACCAGCUCUGCCUGGGGCUGAUAGAGGGAAGUCCAGUCCCGUGUCCCUGCCCACCCUGGGCCGUCCCACAUCAAGCCGCCUACACUGUGUGCCCCUGGGGGGGUGAAGGGGCCCAGGGCCCCUGACCCCCAGCUUAGGCUGUCUGCGCCCUGAGCCUGCCAACCUGGUUCCAGAUAUUCGUCCUUCCUGCUGCCCUCCUGGGUUUUUCUAUAAACCUUGAUGCUCAGCCGCCCUCACAAAUCCCACAUGUCCCGCAUGUGUGCAGUGCUGCCAGCUCCUAAGCCAGCGCUGGGUUGAUGGUAGGCUGGGACUGGCAUUUUCUGACAGCUGCUGAGGGCUGGACUCCAUACCAUGUAGGCUCUUGGGACAUAGGAACAAUCAGAUGGUCCCCUCCCCUCCCAGGCAGAGUUCACAGUCUAGUGGAGGACCAACAAGGUUACCAAAUGACAGCACAGCUUCCUGUGUGCUAAGGUCAGAGAAUGGUCAGGGCUUGUGGGGCAGUCCUCACUGGCAGCCAGGGUUGGGACUUCACAGAGGAAGUGGCUAGGAGAUCAGCCUCAGUGGCUGCUCAGAAUCUUUCAGGUCUAUGGGAAGGGUGCUCAAGGCAGAGAGAGGGCCUGCACAAGUGCAGGUGCCUGCACACAGGAAACCAAGGGACAGAUUCAGGGUGGCUGGAGCAUGGACUACAGGGGGCAAGGAAGGGUUGGAGUAAGAGGUCGGGGCGUGGACCUGGGAAGAUGCUGGAUGGAGGACUUUGAACCUCAUUUGGGGAUAGUCAGGAGUCAACAAAGGGAGGAGAGGGGACAUGCAGGUCCAGAGAGUUGGCUGUGACACAAGGGCUAUCAUUCCUGAAUGCCCACUUUGUGCCCUGCACUGUGCUAAUGAUAAUAAUAACGAUGCUCAUUGAGCACUCA